UGCCAUGGCGCUCGCCGCGACGGGCGCCUCGGGCGCUGUCAGGAUCGAGCGACACCCCCAGGGUUUCGCCAUCCUCUGGCUGGGGUCCGAGCCCGUCAACUCCAUGACCCUGGACCUGUGGAGAUCCUUGCUUGACGCGCUCACGACCCUGGAGAAGGACCCGGCGGUGCGCGGCGUCGUGUUCGCGUCCGCCCUGCGCAAAGACAUCUUCACCGCGGGCAACGACAUCAAGGAGCUUCACGCCCCGUCCACCUCCGAGGCGCGAUACCGCGAGUUCUGGCGCACGCAGACCACUUUCCUGUGCAGGCUGCUUCGCUCGCCGCUCGCGACGGUGUGCGCCAUCCGCGGCGCGUGCCCCGCGGGAGGAUGCGCCGUGGCGCUGUGCUGCGAUUACCGCGUCCAGUCCGACACCGGCACGUUCGGGCUGAACGAGGUGGCGCUGGGGAUACCGGUGCCCAAGUUCUGGGCGCGAAGGUUCGUCGCGUGUGCCAACGAUCCCGCCCGCGCGGACCUCACGCUGCAGCUCGGUAAGCUGCUCGCGCCGAGCGAGGCCCACGCGCUCGGCCUGCUCGACGAGGUGGUACCCGCCGCGGCGCUCAUCCCGGCUGCCACGAGGGCGAUGGAGGGUUUCCUCAAGACGCCAGACGGCGCUCGGCACGCGACCAAGGCGAACGUCCGCGGCGAGUUCUCCGCGGCGUGGGAGGCGUACAUCGAGGAGGAGGCGAGCGGGGGGUGGGCGAUGCUGAGCACGCCGGAGGUUGAGGCGACGCUCGGGAAGGUGAUCGAGAGGUUGUCGGGAAACAAGCGGCGAGCCAAGCUGUAGACGUCGCGACUGAGUAACCAACACGUAGUAGAUCAAGAGUUACCUUCGGACGUCUUCGUAAC